AUGGACUACCUAGGACCAUUGCCGGACGGAAAGUAUGCACUAGCAAUGAUCGAUCAACGUUCGAGAUACCCGCUCGUAUCAAUCACACCAAGAACAUCUGCAAAAAAUCUCAUCUCAAUUCUAAAUACAGCCUUUACAAAGUUUGGUUAUCUAGAAACAAUAAUUACUGACAAUGGACCACCUUUUCGGUCAAAUGAAAUCAAACGAUACAUGAAAAUAAAAGGGAUCAAACAUAGAAGGGUGACCCCGUUAUGUCCACAAGCUAACAAUGAAAUUGAACGACUUAUGCUACCUCUAAUGAAAAUUAUAUGUACGGCACACGUCGAACAUAAACCGUAUAUUGAAGAGGUUGAAGCGUUUCUCAUGGCUUACCGAGUAACUCCUCACGUUGCUACAAACAUACCUCCGGCAGAUUCCAGUAUAGACGAGUUUAUGGAUGAAAAACUUACUCACAACGAUCAAAAAUCAAAAAAACGCUCGAAAAGGUAUCGAGACAAUCGCAAUCAAGCGAGACACAGGGAGUUACAAGUGGGAGAUUGCGUACUCGUUAAACAAAAGAGGAAAAAUAAACUUACACCGCCAUAUAACCCAAUUCCAUACCGAGUCACCGACACAAGAGGUACGAUGAUCAACGCCCAGAAUCAAAGGACAAAGUGCCAACUUUCCCGAAAUAUAUCGCAUGUUAAGAAAAUCCCGGAGGAAACCAAGGAACAACCGACUGAUAUUGACUUUGAAGAGGAGGAAGAAGAUGAAGGAAACCAUGGCGGAGACCGUACUGACCUUGAAGUCGAACAACCCCAAACAAUUCCACCAUUACAACAACAAGAACAUACGACGACCAAGGAAGUUUUUCGGAAAACGUAUCCGCGACGUAUCAGGCGACCGCCAAACGAAUGGAGCAGGAGGGGAAGUGCCUUCUUAUUGAAUAUAGUCACUUUUCCAAACUUGAGUAAGCAUCUCUCGACAGUGCGCCAUUACAAUCUUUAA